AGCUGAAAAGGAAGAGAAGCAGGGCGGAAAACGGAAAUGCUUAAUGACAGCUCCAUUUUAGUCGAUGGCAUAAAUCAAAUUCCAAAACAAGAGUUCCUAUCUAGUUUAAGCAAAUUGGACGAAAACGAUGGCACCUCGAUUAUUUUCGUUGAACAGCAUAUUCUUUCAUGUUUGAGUCGUCUUGGUGUCAACCUAAAAGACCUUGGGAGAGAUAAGGGCGUUGUUGGUAUUUUCCCAUUUCAGAACGAGAUUAAUUACGUCUCGGCUGACAAUGUGGUUUACAUUAUCAACCCUGACCUCAGCUCCAUGCGGUCUUUAGUUAUGCAUCUGCUGUCGUACACGCAGCGAUUUGCCAACUCAAAGCCGAAGGUGCUGUACGUUCCUCAAAAGACACUUAUUGCCGAGCAGGUUUUGGAAGAUGAGUUUAAGCUCUCGCAAAGGUUUCCGAUGCUGCAGAUUUCGAGCCUGGACCUCGAUUAUGUCUUUUUAGAAGAGAAAGUGUUUUCCAUGGAGCUUCCGCUCUCGUUCAAGUCGGUUUUUGCCGAUGGCGACCUCAGCAGUUUGACCUGGAUCGCGCGGCUCCUGCUUAAAUUUCAAACCUCACGCUUCGGGGCCAUUCCACGCAUUCGUGGCAAGGGUAGCAACGCUGUAAAAGUAGUACAACUUCUGCAGCGAUUUCAAACGGAGGUGGGUCACGACUUCAUUACAGACAUCCCAUCCGAAGUUCACAUGCUGCUCAUUCUCGACCGAUCCGUUGAUUUGGCCACUCCGCUGAUGACGCAGCUCACGUACGAAGGCCUUGUGGAUGAGCUUUACGGCAUUGAAAACUGCGAGGUAUGUUUCCCUUUUAGCCUAGGAGAAAGCUCUGGCGUUGGGGUAAACGAGAAAGUAGUCAUCAACAGCGGUGACAAAAUGUUUGCCGAAAUCCGUGACAAAAACUUCACCGCAGUCGGCUCGGUCCUAUACCAAAAGUCGGUAUGGGUCAAACAAAACUACGACAAACGGAAAGAAGUGCACCAACUCAAGGAAUUGAAAGAGUUUAUGAAGGGGCUUUCGGAAAUGCAAGAAAUGCACCGAUUGAUUGGCAUUCACACUAACGUUGCUACUGAAAUUAGUAAGGUGACGCAAAGUUCGGAGUUUCGAAAGCGCAUCGUGAUGGAGCACAAUAUUAUCCAGCAAACGAACGAGGGCGACGUCCUCAAAUACAUAGAGGACCUCAUCUUUCGAAAAGAGAAGUUUGAGGUUGUGGUGCGUCUCCUUGCCCUUCUUUCGCUGAUCAACGGCGGGGUGCGUGAAAAAGAUUUGGGUAACAUAAAGGAGAACAUGAUGCUUGUGUACGGCAUUCCACAAGUCAUCAGCACCUUUUUUCUUUUGGAAAGGUGUGGGCUGCUCACGCUGCAAAGCGGAAAAGGUGGGAACUACGCGGCAAUUCGCAAACAGCUGCAAACCUGGAACGCGUCGCUGAACGAGGAGCGCCCGAACGAUAUUGCGUACGCGUACAGCGGCUACGCGUCGCCGCUUGUUCGAACGGUCGAGAUGCUGCUCCGCAAUCCUCAGGUGUGGGACGCUGCUGACGGCCCAUUGAACCUCCUAAGUGGUGAAAAGAAAGAGUGCACAAAUAAUGCCGAGAUUGCUGGUGCAACAAAAACGUCCAUUGUCUUUGUUAUUGGAGGGAUAACAGCAUCAGAAAUCAGCGCGCUGCGCUUCGUGGAGGAACGACUUUCCAGCAACGGCAGACCGCACAGAAUCAUCGUCGGUACCACAGAUGUUCUAAGCGGGAACCGUAUGAUUCGUUCCCUCCUUCCUUUCCAGCCGUAA